UCAGGCCUCUCAAGUCUCAACCCUAGUCGUCGCCCAAAUCAGAUCUCACCACACCAUCGCCUCUCUUCAACGCCAUUUCCGUCGCCCUCACCACACCUCCGCCGUCGCCCUCCCUCAUCCUCCCGCGACGCAGCUGACACCGCCUCUCUCACCGCGACUCCCUCAGCCUCGAUCAAAUGCCGCCGCCGACACCAAGGUAAGGACUCCAACAUCGUCAUUGUCACCGUCACCGUCACCGUCUCAUCAGCUACCCACGACGCCGCUACCACCGUCUCCACCGACACAGUUCUCCUUAGCCGCUGCCGCGGCUGCUUCUGCGACUUCCACCGCCGCAUGCUGCUGUCCGCCGAACUGAAGCCGUAUACGCAGGUUCUUUGUGCUCAAGAAACACAUCACAUCUCAUAGUUUGCAUGAACCAGAAGCUUCCAUUAGCAUUCAAGAAUUUGGCACUAGAGAAGAAUAUGGACCUCUAUUCAUCAGCACAAAAGUAAAGCAUAUCCCCUUUCAUCCGAUGUGCCCCAAAGGAAGUCUUAGCACUCUCUGGUUCCAUUAUUGAGUUAUCCUUUCAAAAAGCGGCUAUAUGUUGCACGGCUAUGCAUCAUGGUGCAGCACUAGCUGCAAUGUCAUUUAUGUCUAAGAAUUUCCAUUUUUGAAUCCCACAAAUGAAAAAGAGAAAAUUAAAUGGAAGAAGAAGAAGAUGAUGAUGAUGUUGAGUAGAUCCAUGGAAUUAUAUAUAUAAAAAAGCAAUUGGAAAAGUGCAGGUUCUUCUGCUGCCAAUCAAAGGGAAUGUUAGUUCGUCCUUUCCCUACUUUAUUGUUUAUUAUUUGGUUUUAAUUCUUCUCCUUUCUUUAUUGUGCAUGCAAAUCUCUUGUAGAAGAUAUGACAGUUCCUUCCCAAGUGGCCUGGCUUUUUAUUUGAUCUUCUGCCAAUUGAGAAAGCAAAGCAAUGAAUUUACUGCAAUGUGCUCAAAUAAUACUCUACAAAAUUGUACAGUGUGACAUUAAUUAAUUAUAUUGAUACGACCUUGGAGCAAUAACACAGUCUGUAUAUUCAGAAUAAGGAGGUUGAAUUGGUUGCUGCGAACAAGGAAAAAGAAAUCAAAGCGCCUACUUUUGUAAGGUUUGGACUUAUUCCUACGUGUUGUUUGAUUGUGUAUGAUGUAGUGUAUGGAGUGUGUAUGAUUGAGAAGGAAAGCCAUGGAUUCCUCCCUGGAGAAGAACCAAGAACCCCAUAGUGAACAAGAGAGAGAGGGCCGAGAGGCCAGGAUCAAAGGAUGCCAUUACAGUGGAGGGUCAGGUCCUUUAUAUAGGAAUAGGACCUGACCCUUCGGGAAUAUAAUAUUUCCCAAAGGUCACUUGCCCUUUAACAAUUCCUAAGGGACACCCGACCUUUUAGGGGUACAAUAAUACAUGGACUAUAUACAUUGUAUUUCUACAGUAGUCCCUUGGGGUAUUUACCCAUCACCGGGUAAGGGGGCGGACGAUUCAAAAUCGUGAGUUCAUGUGUUCAAUUGCACUUUUAAAAAGUUGGUAGGCCUAAUUAACUUUUUACGAAAUGUUUAGGGGCCUAUUUGCACAUUUUCCCGGGCAAAUGGCAUUGUUUAUUGCAUAAUGGUAGAUUUGUAAUUUGUUUAAAAAUUAAUGGCAAUUAGAAAAACAAAAUAAAUCCAAAUGUUAAAUCAAAAAAUUGCAGUCAUCAGAUUUGUAAUGAAUGGUGGAUUGGGGGUGUCAUUUUUGAGGGGCAAAUGACAACUCCCAAUUAUAAGUACAGGGGAGAUAUAAAAUGGAAGAGCUCAUAAGUGAAUUAAUGGAUUCCAUACAAACACCAAGUAGAGAUUUUUACGGUCAGUUCGUGAGCGAUAGUCCUGGCGGUUGGUGGUGGCCCGGCGUUGGCGCCCCCGGUGACGGCGGCGUCCAGGGAUUUUCCGGCGUCAAAUUUAUGGCAGAGCGGUGAUCAUCCAGAUUAUGAUCUUUUCCCAGAAAUUUUGAAGAUAAAUUCAGAUAGGCUAGACUGCUCAGAUCGGUUAGAUUACGAUCGCACAAAUUCGAGAUUGCAUCCAGAUUGUUUAUUUCCCAAUUAUAGGGAUCUGAAGGCAGAUGAGGAUCAUCGAAGGCCAUCUGUGCGAUUCUCCGGAGCAGAGUGGAGGCGGAUGGCUGAAAUUGACGAAGGAUGCACGCUAGUUGGCCGUUUUGCGAAGGAGAGGCCUUCACUGGAGUUGAUUAGGGCGAGAAUUGGUGAGGUCUUGCGCCUGGAAGGAGGAGUCCAGAUUGGAUCCUUGAAUAGACGAUCAAUCACGCUGAGAUUUGUUCUGGAAUCAGAUUUCAAGAGAUCGUGGUUCCAAGGUCACAUGCUGAUGGACGGCGCUAGGGCGUGGUUCGAGCGAUGGACUCCGAAUUGAUGUGCGAAAAGGGAUUCUCCUCUAUCAUUGGUAUGGAUUCAAUUGCCAAAUUUACCACUUCACUUGUUUAAUUUUGAAUUGAUUCAUCGCAUCUGUGCUCCGAUUGGGAGAGCGAUCGAAUUGGACUCGGCGACAGUUCGAAAGUCUCGGCCAAGCGUGGCUAAAGUGAGACUGGAAAUUGAUGUUACCAAACCGAGAUUAGAGAGAGUAUGGAUUGAAUUUGUGAAUGGAGAAGUGAGUGGUUUUUGGCAACGAGUUGAAUUUUUGAGGGUGCCGAUAUACUGUGAAGAGUGUGGUCGAUUCGGCCAUGACAGUCUGAGCUGUAGGAGGGUUAGAACAGGGGAAGAUAGGAGGGGAAAGGGAGUUGAGGCUGGUGGAAGGAUUGAGGAGAGUGAAGGUGCUCCGGUGGGGGUGGUAGAGCCAGUUGAGGGCGACAUGAAAGCUCUGAAUGGGAAUGAAUGCAUGCCAACUGCUUGUGAAAAUGUCCGUAUGAGAGCUGGAGAGCCAACUGCUCCUAUUAAUGUUCAGAAGAAUACCCCAAUGAGAGAUGAUGAGCUGGCAGAGUCAACAGCCAUGGCAGAGAUCCCUCUUUUGAGUUUUGGAGGUAGAAACAGAGCGAAUGAGAGCGUCGAGCUCACAGGAUCAGCAUGACCAAGGGUCGAGAUUGAUUCUGGGAGGGAAGGGGACUGGAUUGGUUUGUCUAGCAGAGGAAAUUCGAGAUGAAACCACAACUGGAUUGCCUGAUGAGAUAGCAGACAAGGUUCUGCUAGAAGGGGAAGAAGAUACUAGCCAAGUGAAAGAUCCUGAGGUUGGGGAAGGGCUGAGCAUUACACCAAUUAGUAAAUCUGCAAAGAAAAGGGCGAAGAAGAAGGCUUCUAAGGCCUCUAGCAGUAACAAUGGUUCAAGCUCAAGCAUGUCAUUGAGCUUUGAAACUUGGAUUAAGGAAAGACUAGGACAGGAUGAGGUGAUGAUUCAACUAGUAGAUGAGGCUAGGCAAGAUGUCUUAGCUUUUUUUGAAAGAUCUUUGGGGGAAAUGGGCAGGGAGAUGUAUGAUAGGAAAACAGAUGAGUUAGCCUUGAAGGCAGCCAUGCUGCUACUUAGCAAACUUCAGAAUGGGAAACAAAAGGGUGAGCUUGAGUCUAAUGCCUCUAGCAAAAAAUUAAAAGAAGGAGAUGAGACAGCUGGAGAAGAGGAAUGCCCUGCCUAUGUAGAAGAGGACUCCCCUGCUAAUGGUGAUGAAGGUGACCCUGCCUAUAUUGAAGACGAAUGCGGGAAUAAUGGGGAUUAUGAGAGUGAUGAGGAGGAGGGGUACCUUGAAAGUAGCAAUUCAUGGAUUGAUGAAUUAGAAGAAUGGACAGGUGUGGAAUGGUUGGAUGGGGUGCUAAUGGAAAUAAAAUCGUAUAUGGAUGUGGUGUAUUGUAAGGUACGGCGAAUUCAUUUGGAGAAUGAGGAUGCCGUGGCUCGAAAAGCAUGCACCAUUUUGAUGGAAAUGGAUAAGGCCGAUCCACCGGGAGGGUGUCUAGGCACGAAAACAAAGUUGGGUCGCCAAUUAAGAGCGAAUCAAGAGUGGUUAGGGGGGAAAUUGUGUAGAUGGGCAUGGAGGGCACAAGGCCCGGGAUAUGAUGAGUGAUCUUGCAAAAGGUGAGGCAGUAGCUAUGUUUUGUAUGGGAAUGUAGCUACGGUAAAAUGAGGCUACUGGAAUGGUAGCAAGUAGGGGUGAGCAAAAAAACCGGACCGACCGAGAAACUGAUGACCGAUAACCGAACCGACCGAAAAUUUCGGCU